AUAUACCUUUGAUUUAAUGAAAAUUAAUUAUACAUUACUUUUACUUUCAAUUUUUUUCAAUGCAUUAUUUAGAAUUUUGAUAUUUCGGUUUAUAUGAAUUUCAGGAUAUCUCCAAAUGAUCACUGUGUAAAUAAAUUAUUUACAAUGAUUGCAAUAAAUUUAAAGAACAUAUUUUAUAUUCGUAUAAAUUAUUAAUAUCUUUAAAAUUGAAUAUAUACGAUGCAUAUUCAGUUAUGUAUAUGUACAUAUUUUGAAUUUUUCAAAGUAAUUCUAUAUCGUGCGACCAGAUAGCUCUGGUGUCGUAGUUAAGUCAAGGGCAUGAGUAAAACAUCAUACAUUUUGUAAACAAAUACAAAACCAUUUAUUUCACCGAAACUUCCGUAUUAUUUUAUUUAAUUUUUAAAUGUACGAAAAUAAUACGUACUACGAUUGCUAAUGUGUGAAUCAGAACUUACUUUCUGACUUCAAGUAAAUCAAAUCAGUUACAUAGAUAGCAGAUCAUAUUUUAAACGUAUCAUCAAUGAUUUUGUUUUAUAAUAUUCACGUUUAACAAUUUACAGUGACAUUUGUUAUAAAUCAUGUUUCUGUGUCAAGCUUUUCGAACACUGUUGAAGAGAGUUGGUCCUGUUAUGUAUGCUACAAGUUUUGUGUUUAACAAUCACUCUGAAAGUAAGAAACCUAUGGCUGAUGAUAAAUUAAAUCUUGAACCUCCUGAUAUUAAAAAAUUAACUAUUGAAUAUAUGAUAGAACAAUCCACGAUAGAUUCUAUAAAUAAUGCAAGUCAAACAUUAACUAUUACAUAUAUGGCAGUAAUGAGAACAAGUACCGAGUAUAAAAAUUUGUUAAGUUUAUUGAUUUCUCUCUUGAGGGAUUCUUUGGAAUUUAAUUGUACCGAUGAACAUUGGGACUCGAUAAUCGAAAUAAGAUCGCAAGUACAGAGUAAAAAGGAAAAAUUAAAUAAAUUAACAGGUUACAUUCAAUAUGUACAAAAUCUGGCAGUAGCAGUUUCAGAUCUAUGUUAUUUAUCAGGAAUGGACAAUUUGUCAUUCAGUCUUUCUCAACAUCUCGACGAUGUAUUAAAACGUAUAAAAACAGAAGUUGAUCUUAUUGCAAUACUCGAAGAAGAAUAUUGUGAUAUACAAGAACAAUGCAUUAGAAAUUGUGAGUACAUUAUAAUCAUUAGAUUUAAAGCAAAUUAAAUUUUAUAGAUGAUCUGGUUUGUGAUAACCUUUUGUUCUGUUUUAACAUUUCAGCAAAUAAAACAAAUAGUAAUGAAUCCUCUGAUUAAUGUGAACAGACGUAUCUGUGUGUUCAUUGUUUGAAAGAUAUUUAUAUCUGUUUAUAUAAUAAAUAUUUGAUAUUGAAAAUAGA